GAAGUCUUGCUCCUCUUCUGUGUUUCGUCAGCCACGCGUGUUCACGUCCACAGUACAGUGUGCGAGUUUAUAAGGAUGGCAGACCCAGUGAGCGAGUACACUGCCCGGCUACAACAACAGGAACAGGAGAUCCGCUGUUUGUCUGAAGAAAUUGACUUUCUGAGAAACCCCCAGAAGCCGAGUCCAUCUCAACAUCUGGAGGAGCUGCGGGAGGAAAACACCAGACUCAAGUACCGCCUCAACAUCCUAAAGAGGAGCUUGCAAGAGGACAGCAGUUGCUGCACUAAAUCCAUCAUGAACAUCAACAAGCGUCUCCAAGAAAUCUUUUAUACGGCCAUCCAGGCGUCCUGCCCUGAGCUGGAGAACCCUCCGCUGGUCGUCACUCCCAGCCAGCAGGCCAAGUUUGGGGACUACCAGUGCAACAGCGCCAUGUCCAUUGCUCAGAUGCUGAAGGCAAAGGGAGCAAAAGUCAACCCCAGAGAAAUCGCAGACAAGAUUAUCCAAAACAUUCCAGACAAUGAAAUGAUUGAGAAAACUGAAGUUGCAGGACCAGGGUUCAUCAAUAUCCACCUGAAAAAGGAGUAUGUGUCCAAACUGCUGCGCAAACUCCUGGUCGAUGGUAUCCAGCCGCCGCCCCUGCCUGCCAGAAAGAAGGUGGUGGUAGAUUUUUCUUCACCCAACAUUGCCAAAGAGAUGCAUGUUGGCCACCUGCGCUCCACCAUCAUUGGAGACAGCAUGUGUCGUCUCUUUGAAUUUCUGGGUUAUGAAGUCCUCAGGCUCAACCAUGUGGGAGACUGGGGGACCCAGUUUGGGAUGCUGAUCGCCCAUCUGCAGGACAUGUUCCCAGACUACCUGCAGGUCUCUCCACCCAUUGGUGACCUGCAGGCCUUCUACAAAGAGUCAAAGAAGCGUUUUGAUGAGGAAGAGGAGUUUAAAAAACGUGCAUAUCAGUGUGUGGUCAAGCUGCAGAGCAAAGAACCAGAUUUCAUCAAAGCCUGGAAUUUGAUCUGUGACGUCUCCAGGCAAGAGUUUCAGCGAAUUUACGACUGUCUGGAAAUCGAGCUCAUCGAGAGAGGAGAGUCGUACUACCAGGACCUGAUGACUGAGGUGGUGAAGAUGCUUGAGGAGAAAGGCAUCAUGCAGCUGGAUGAAGGCCGUAAGAUCGUCUUCCCCCCGGGUCAGUCCGUCCCCCUCACUGUUGUCAAGUCGGACGGUGGGUACACCUACGACACAUCUGAUCUGGCUGCGCUGUACCAACGCCUCUUUGAGGAAAAGGCCGACAUCAUCAUUUACGUGACGGACAGUGGUCAGUCCACACACUUCCAGGCGGUGUUUGCUGCAGCUCAGAUGAUUGACUGGUAUGACCCAAAGGUGACCCGGGUGGAGCAUGCAGGCUUUGGAGUGGUAUUGGGGGAGGACAAGAAGAAGUUUAAAACCCGAUCAGGAGACACGAUUAGGCUGAUGGACCUGCUGGAGGAAGGCCUGAAGAGGUGCAUGGACAAACUGAAAGAGAAGGAGAGAGACAAGGUGCUGACCCCAGAGGAGCUGACUAAAGCACAGAGGGCCGUGGCCUUUGGCUGCAUCAAAUAUGCCGACCUGUCCCACAACCGGAUCAACGACUACGUCUUCUCAUUUGACAAGAUGCUGGAUGACCGAGGCAACACGGCUGCGUACCUCCUGUAUGCCUUCACCCGCAUCAGGUCCAUAUCACGUCUGGCGAAACUCGAUGAGGCCGCUUUGAAGAAAGCAGCAGAGACCACAGAUCUCGUCCUGGACCAUGAGAAGGAGUGGAAGUUGGGCAAGUGCAUUCUGCGUUUCCCAGAGAUCCUGGAGAAAAUCUUUGAAGACCUGCUGCUCCACACACUGUGCGACUACCUGUACGAGCUGUCCACCACCUUCACCGACUUCUAUGACAGCUGCUACUGCGUGGAGAAGGACAGACAGACAGGUGAGGUGGUGAAGGUCAACAUGUGGAGGAUGCUCCUGUGUGAAGCCACAGCGGCCACCAUGGCCAAAGGCUUUGAAAUCCUGGGCCUCAACACCGUGGAGAGGAUGUGAUGUCACAGCAACUCAGCUCGCCCCCACCCCCUCUCCAUGCCGUGUUCAUCAUGUUAACUCCACCUUCUAAAUUAUGAUCAUGACUCCUGAUGCUAAUUUUGCAAAUGUAUCUAUUGUAAUGGAAACAUCUUUAAAUGUCAUUCCAUAAAAAACCUGAGGCUGAUCUAUUAAAUAUCUCACCCAGUUGUUCUGUAAGUGCAGACUUCACUAUUUUCACACUGUGGAGGCUUCUAUUUUUAAAUAAAAUAUUCAACCUGCAAGACA